UGUCACCCUGUUUCAUGAUCAAACACGCACGCUCUCACGCACGCACGCACGCGCGCUCACGCACACAGUGACUGAGGGAGACUGAAGGAGGCAGCUAGUCUCAGGUAGCUACAAUGUGUUGCGUCUCCGACACAUGAGAGAUUGAGACAACAGGAGAAAAGAAGAGCGACCUGGUUUGGCUUCCUGUCCCACAUUUUUCCUUCGGACUGUCUGGACUGUAACGUUUACCGUUUGAUGAAUGAACGUUGGGGAAAAAACGCUAAUCUUUUUUUUUUAUUAUUUCUUCAGAGGAAUAAUUUUUGUUUUUCGCGUUUGACUCGAGGAACGCUGAGCCUGUGAGAUAAUCAAAAUAAAAAACCAUUUACCAGCGAGAGAAGGGGGGAUUUUUUAGUUUUUUUUUGUUGUUGUUGGUUUUGUUCAUUUCUUCACGGAAGGAAACGGACCAUGAAGACUAAACGAGGUAUGCUGGCUUUGUCUGGCAGUGAGACAGAAGAUGAGGACAGCAUGGACGUGCCCCUGGACCUGUCCUCCAGCCGUGGAGCUGCAGCCAAAAGAAAGAGAAGAGGAAACUUGCCAAAAGAAUCUGUACAGAUCCUCAGAGACUGGCUUUAUGAGCACCGUUACAACGCCUACCCCUCAGAACAGGAGAAAGCCCUGCUGUCCAAACAGACCCACCUUUCUACACUACAGGUGUGCAACUGGUUUAUAAACGCCCGGCGGCGGCUCCUCCCGGAAAUGCUGCGGAAAGACGGUAAAGACCCGAAUCAGUUCACCAUCUCCCGGCGGAGCAGCAAGAGCGGCGAGGGGCUCAGCGACGGGUCCCAGUCCCCCAAACACGGCCUGCUGCCCCACGGAGACGGGUACGACCCCGCCUCCAUCCCCGUCUCCAACGGUUACCCCAAGAAAGCGCCGUCCCUCAAAUCGCCCCCGUCGCCCGUCCUGCCCCGCCCCUCCGUCAUCUGCCACACUACGGUCAGCGGCGGCUCGCGGGGCAGCCCGGGCGUGGAGGGGGCGACGGAGCUGGCGGGGGGCGAGCUGUUCGGGUGCCAGGUCGGAAACGUCAGCCCCCGGAGCGGCCUGUUCAACACCCCGCCCCCCACACCCCCCGACCUCACCCAGGACUUCAGCGGAUUCCAGCUGCUGGUAGACGUGGCCUUAAAGAGGGCUGCUGAGAUGGAGCUGCAGGCCAAGCAAGUCCUAGCCUGAAGAUACUGAGGACAGAUCAGAUCUGAGGGGGGUGAUGAUGCACAAAGGACAUAUGGAUGGACAGAUGGAUGGACAAACAGAUUGAUGGAUGGAGAGACAUGUUUGAGAAAGUUUGAUCCCUUGGUUUGAUCACCCCCUUUAUAAAAAAAACACAAAAACAAAAACACACACAUGCUGUGGAGAAGUCUAGAAGAAUGAUUGAUUUGAGGAGACAAAAAAGACAAACAAACGGAAAAAAACAGACAAACAAACAAACAAACAAAAACUAUAAAGGCCUGAUCAUUUCUAUUUUUGGUAUAUAUAUUAAAAAAGAAAAAACGAUGCCGAUAUGUUUGUGUAAAAACAUUUCAAGGUGCCUUGGCAUUCACUUUUUUGUACUUCAUUUAUGUAUGUAUAAAUAUUUGUCUGUCUUCUUUUUUGCACACAGGGGACCAAAAAUGUAUAGACAAAAGCUGUCUUAAGUCUUUCUUAGUUUUUGAAAGGAGAGGACAGUGUCUUCUCCAGUUCCAGUUCUUCUUCUUACGUUUUUUUUCUCUCGAGUCGUACAGAGUUCUUACAGUUCGGCUCUGUGAUCGAUCGGUUCUGCCUCGUUUUUGGAGAACGGCUCUGCAGUUCAUUCUGCCUCAUUCUUUUUGCACAAUAUGGCAGGUCAUCUCAAGUAUCUUAAAUAUUAUUAUCUCUUUCUUUUCUUCCUGUCUUUCUCUGACGAUGAACUUCAAUCACUACUGUUCCAGGUCGUACUGUGUUUCAUAGUAGUUAAGUUUUUUUUUUGUAUUGGUUUUGUUAUAAUUGUUAAUGUAAAGGAAACAGCUUUGUGUUAUUUUUUGAUGCUACAUGUUUAGUACGUUUUCUGCUUUUUCGUUUCUUUUUGAGGGAUAUUCAGAUGUAGCAGAUACUAUAGUCUGUGAUUUCCUCAGAAACACUGAGUGUAGAAAUGGCCAUUGAAUGUGCCCCCCC